GAGGUGUUCAAACGUUUUCCCAACAUUGCUUUGGUCACGUGGAAAAGGGUUGUCGGUAAACCUCGCGCGUCGAGCUCUAGUGCUUCUAAACAAUAAUAAUUGUGGUUCAUCUAACAGCCUUAGAUGCAUAUUUUAGGCGUAUCGUUGUAAAGAGUGGUACUAGGAAAUAAAACAGAAUCCACUCUUCAUCGCAUCGCAUCGCAGAUUAUAAAUUUUGGUAUCAUCGCCCUCUAAAUAUAUAGUAUAUUUACUUUAUGCUAGUUUGUAUAUUGGAUAUGUGACGCAAAUUUGAUUUUAUCCGACAAGUGUAGUUCAAAAUUUAUCUCAUCGAGUGGGUGGCCAAUGCUUUGCGUUGCGAAGCGGAGUACCAUUAAACCAAAAGCCUAAUAACUCGUAAUUGUACCGUGGAAAAUGCGGUUGUAAUGCUGCAGUGGUUCCGAAACCGUGGUGGUCACAGUGGUGAAUAACGAUACAAAAUGGAAAAGUGACAAAAUGAGAAUUUUACACAAAGUUGCCUAGUUCCUAUGUUCAUAGAAAAGCGCAGUGCAUUGAAAUACCUGAUUUAAGAUAUGUGCAAAGAAAAAUGCAGCACCGGUAUCUUCUGCUUCAGUCACUACUGCUGCUGCCUAAAGGGUGUUGCAGUGUGAAAAUGAUCCACAUCGCUACCUUUCUGGCGAUAAUUUUCCUAGCGGAGCAUGCGAGUUUAGUGGGAUGUUUCCAAUUAGAUGUACAAAAAGUAAAUCAUAUAGUAUUGGAUAAAUUGAAGAUCGAUGAAAUGAAUUUGCAUAAAUUUCUGGAGCAGCAUGAGAAGUUUCUAUUGUUCGGCGACGAAAUUACCAGUGACUUUAAAAUCGUCAGCGUGAAACAACGCAGAAGAAGCGUGAGAUCAACCGAUAGGUUCAUCCAAUUUAACAUCAGCGACAGCAGCGAGGAGAAUUUUUCAGUGAAACUGGAGAAAUCGAAAAUACUGAUAGAUAAAUCAUUUGUACUUAUCGAAAGCUAUGACAACUCGACCCAGCUUUUGGAUGACUCGCUGCAACUCGUUUCAAAAUAUGCCGACUGCUUCUAUCGCAACGAUCAUGCAGCUUUCGAUCUGUGUGAAAACGGUAUUCGAGGUCUACUGCGAUCAAAUGAAAUUAAUAUGAUCAUACAUCCACUGCCAGAACGAUUUGGCUCGGGUGCCCACGUUCUUAUAAACAAAAAUCAUACUACGAAUGUUAUUGCUCACAGAAACCAGACUGACGAAAAUGUGAUAUUCGAGCCUAAAAUGGCUGCUCAAGAACCUCUUUUUACGAGCUCCAAAAUACGUGAUCGACACAAGCGACACAUAAACACCGCCAGCAUUCCUGAUGUGCUUCAUAUUGAGACUGCGAUCUUCAUUGACAAGGACUUGUAUAGGCAUAUGUCGAAGAAUUUCCCUAAAAGCACCGAGGCGCAUUUAAUUCGGUUCGUCUUGGCAAUGAUCAAUGGAGUCCAACUUUUGUAUAACCAUCCCUCGUUGGGACGUCCCAUUAAUUUUAUACUAAAACGACUAGAGAUUUUGCAUAAUGAUCCAAAGGAUCUUCGUCGAUCUAGUGAUAUUGAUAUUUUCUUGAACAGUUUUUGCGGUUGGCAACGGAAGCUAAACCCCAUUUCGGAUGCCGAUCCGGUGCACUUUGACCAUGCUGUUAUACUCACCGGGUUGGAUCUGUACGUUGUGAGUAAAACCGGCAAAAUAAGCAACCAAGUAGUUGGGCUGGCCCCAGUGGCUGGCAUGUGCACGAUGACCUCUAGCUGCACUAUCAAUGAGGGAAAACAUUUUGAAAGUGUGUUCGUGGUGUCGCACGAAAUCGGUCACAAUCUAGGAAUGCGACAUGAUACAUCUGAAAAUAACUGCGAUCCGAGUCUGUACAUUAUGUCUCCUACGCUCGGAAGCGGGAAAACUACAUGGUCUGGUUGCAGUCGUAACUACUUGAGCUCUUUCCUGAAGACAAGCCAAGCUCUUUGCCUUUUCGAUAGAGGGCUUUAUGAACAAAAUUUGGAUCAUGCUGCCGAAGGAUUGCUACCCGGAGAACGUUUCGAUGCUAAUCAACAGUGCAUGCUAAAGUAUGGGAAGGACAGCAUAAGUUCUCAAAGUCAAAACAUUGCGGACAUUUGUCGAGAUUUGCACUGUCAAAGAGAUCGUUAUACGUGGACCUCUCACCCCGCCCUAGAAGGGACAGCCUGUGGAACUCUUAUGUGGUGUCGAAGUGGUGUAUGUUCUUCAAAAGUAUCAGGUCAUUCAAUCCACACAGGUGGUAAACAUAUCACGGCAUUUAAAACGAUCGACAAAAAAACCUUUCUCGAAGGAAUGAAAUUUGCCAGCUUAAAACAAGAUACAUCUCGAACUCUGAGCACCGUUCCUAUUUGGGAUAACUGGGGUAAUAAAACGGAAUGCGAGUCUGGCUGUUUAUAUGGAGAAUCUGGUCGACUUAAGGAAGGUAGCGUUGGUUUGCGACAAUACAGUCGAGUUUGUCGUGACAAAAGGAGAAAUUGCGUUGGAUCUAACAAGAAAUAUGAAACGUGUAUUGCAAAACAGUGCUACAACAUCGCUCGAACAACAAUAUUGGAAUUCGCAAAUCAAAUAUGUGGUCGCGCUAAAGAAUUCGAUUCUGAUAUUUUAGGUUCGGGAAUGCAAAAGGUAGCUUUCGAUGCGGAAGAUUCGUGUAAGAUUUUUUGCGAAACCAAAUCCGGCGAUCCAAAAACUAAAAGCUGGAUUUUUCCUGAUGGAACUACAUGUAGGAUUCAAAACGCGGAUUUUGACGAUAAUUUCUACUGCAUCAGUGGGCGGUGUCAGAAAUUUUCUUGCAAUAAUUCAAUCGACAACUUUUUUCGAAUUGAUCCUAAUUUUUGUCCUGAAUAUCCCACUCUGUCUGACAAAUUUACUAACAACAUUCAACAGGAGAAUGGUCGAGAUUACAAAAGUCUGAAGCUGUUGAAAGAUGCGUAUACCACUAAUCGAAGAACGGAAAAUGUAACACAGAACUCUGUUCUUGAUUUCUCAGCAAGAAACAACUUCAUAGAACCCCACUUCCACAAAACCGACGCUUACGACAGAUGGACGAGUCGACACGUGGAUCCAGAAAAAUAUGAUAAAUUAUCACAACUUAGACUGCGAAGCAACAACUGGGAGGCUAAAUCCGGGUGCCAUUUUAGCUGUAUGGAGAAAGCAAAAGGAAUUCAGAUUGUAGCCUCAAAAACAGACAUUCGAACGAAUAUUCAACUGUGUGCCCCAAAUACAAUUGCGUGUGACAAGGUCUUGACGACGUAUGAAUUUGCGACAAGCCUUUGCAAGCGAUAUCAGCAGAAGGUACACGGUCUUUCCGGCCUCGGUAUGCAAAUUGCAUCUAGCAUUGAGGAUCCAGAUCGAAGUUGUCGGGUCGCUUGCCAGGACGGUUUCAUUCGGCACCGAUUUUACCUUGUGAAUGGAGAGCAGGGGCAUUUUCCAUUUGGUGCACGCUGUAACCAUGAUGAACUGAAUCGAUAUUGUGUUAAUGGAAAAUGUUUGCAAUUUGGAGAAGACGAUACGCCAGUCAACGAAUCCUAUAACAGUUUAGCACACUUGCGGGCUAAGAGAAGUACCAGAAGAUUUAGGAGGCAUUUUGAUUUCUUCUCACCCAUUAACAUCACUGAGCGAAUUAGUCAAGACUACCUUGAAAAUUUGAUAGCCAACAUCAACUUUAUGAGUAAUGGAGGAGAUAUUCUCGAGGAUAGCAUCGAUUUCAAAAAUCCGAUUUAUUUCAACCCUUAACGAGCAAUUGAGUCAAACGUCUUGUAUGAUUUGAUAGAAUUAUACAGGUUGGACAACCGGUUGUAAACUAUUAAACUAUUUAUGUGAUCCUUUAAGUUAAACAAUAAAUCGCAUUUCAUAA